UUUAAUGUUUUUUUUUAAUAACUAUCCCCGCACUCUGUUCUCAGAUAAAACCCCCCCUAAUACCCCUCGCUUUUUCUCAUCUUUGAAAAACCCUUUCUAGAAUUCUCUACCUCAGUCUCUGCUAUUCAACCAUGUCUUGCUUCAAGGGCAAAUACGCCGACGAACUCAUUGCCAAUGCUGCCUAUAUUGGCACCCCUGGAAAGGGCAUCCUUGCUGCUGACGAGUCUACUGGCACCAUUGGCAAGCGUCUAGCCAGCAUCAACGUUGAGAAUGUUGAGGACAACAGAAGGGCUCUUCGCGAACUUCUCUUCACCACCCCUGGUGCCCUCCAAUAUCUCAGCGGUGUGAUUCUGUUUGAAGAAACCCUGUACCAGAAGUCGAAAUCAGGCAAGCCUUUUGUUGACAUCUUGAAGGAAGGUGGUGUCCUCCCUGGUAUUAAAGUCGACAAGGGUACCGUUGAGCUUGCUGGUACCAAUGGUGAGACUACAACCCAGGGUCUUGAUGGCCUUGCACAGCGAUGCCAAAAAUACUAUGAAGCUGGUGCUCGCUUUGCCAAAUGGCGUGCUGUACUCAAGAUUGGCCCCAAUGAGCCAUCUCAGCUUGCCAUCAACGAGAAUGCCAAUGGAUUGGCCAGAUAUGCCAUCAUUUGCCAGGAGAAUGGUUUGGUCCCUAUUGUGGAGCCUGAGAUCUUGGUUGAUGGACCUCAUGACAUUAACAAGUGUGCUGAGGUCACUGAGCGGGUUCUUGCUGCAUGCUACAAAGCUCUCAAUGAUCAUCACGUCUUGCUUGAGGGAACUCUUUUGAAGCCCAAUAUGGUGACCCCAGGAUCAGAAUCCAAAAAGGUUGCACCUGAGGUGAUUGCGGAGUACACAGUCCGUGCCCUCCAACGCACUGUGCCUGCGGCAGUCCCUGCUAUUGUGUUCUUGUCUGGAGGCCAGAGUGAGGAGGAGGCUACCCUCAACCUCAAUGCCAUGAACAAGCUUAAGACCAAGAAGCCAUGGUCUUUAUCCUUCUCCUUUGGACGUGCCCUUCAACAGAGUACCCUCAAGGCCUGGGCUGGCAAGGAGGAGAAUGUGAAGAAGGCUCAAGAUUCAUUUAUUGUCAGGUGCAAGGCCAACUCAGAGGCAACUCUUGGAACUUACAAGGGUGAUGCUACUCUUGGUGAGGGUGCUUCAGAGAGCCUCCACGUGAAGGACUACAAAUACUAAAUGGUCUCGGUGCGUUGGAAGUGAUGAGGAGUAAUAGGCUGGCACAUCUCAGGCUUAGUUUUUUUUUUUUUUUUUCCUUCUUCCUUUAAAGUCGCUGAUCAGAUUUACUAGGAUGAAGUAGCAUAAUAAAAGCAUGAAGAAAUAUUGAGUUUGAAUGGUUUUGGACAGUCUGGGGGGAAACUGUUUUCUAUUUAUUUAUCCUACUUUUUUGUGGAGGUUCAAUGAUCCGGUUUUCUGAUGUAAACAUGGAGUCUAUGAACUUGUUUCUUUUCUUUA